GGAUGUUGGUGAGACGCACUUGGGUUAAACUGGAAGGAUAAAGAAGAAAAACCGAGAGAGCCACGGCGACGCGAAUUACAUUUGUGCUGUGACGCUAGCGUCAAUCUCGUUUAGCGCAGUCACGUGCCGACGUGUUUUCACUAUCGCGACUUUCUCGCUCGUUGUCUUCCGGUAUUCAUCGACAAGUGGCCAUGUCUCGUCAUGUGACGCCGAAGCAUUCGUACAUCGCGAUUUCUCGCUUCUUCCAGUCCGGUAGUGUUCACAGUAUACACCUGAGUCACCGGCUGCAGAGCUCAACUCUUAGACUAAAGUCAAGAUGCGGCUACUAUUCCACAAAUGGGAACGACGAGCAGAAAGCCACCGCGACGCUCGCAUCUCUGGAGGCAUUCAAGAAAUCACUCGCAAUUCCCCCAGCAACACAUGACAUCAAGAGUCUACAACAGCUUUCAAAGGAUGCCAUCAAGAGCCAAAUCUGUGUCCAUGGAUACAUAGGCUCCCGCCAAAAGCUGUCCAAGAAAUUGUCCUUCCUGCAGUUACAAAGUAUAGACCUCAAGUACAAUCUCCAGGUUAUUUCUUUCGGGCAACAUGCCGAGGCACUUGCCAAUAUCCGUGACAACUCGCCGGUUGCCAUCAAAGGCACCCUCAAGGAACGCCAGGCCCCCAAAUCCGAAACCUUAGCAGGACUAGAAGUCAUAAAGCCGUUCGAGCUCGAACUUGAGGAAAUAGUUCUUCUCAAUGACUUCCCCAAGGAUCUCAUCGCGCAGGAAGAAACAAACUUCGCGCCAGAGCAACGCCAUCUGCAGAUGCGAACAGGCAAAUCACUCCGUGACGCAUUGGAAUUUCGUUCAAAACUAUUGCAGCAUUGUAGGAGCCACUUUCAUCAAAAGGAGUUCAUGGAGGUCGAGACGCCCUUGUUGUUCAAGUCGACCCCUGAGGGCGCACGCGAAUUUUUGGUCCCUACGCGCAAGAAAGGACUGGCCUAUGCGCUGCCGCAGAGCCCCCAGCAGUACAAGCAGAUAUUGAUGGCCAGUGGGAUCCCGAGAUAUUUCCAGAUCGCGAAAUGCUUCAGGGAUGAGGACCUCCGGGCAGACCGGCAACCCGAAUUCACGCAGCUUGAUCUAGAGAUGUCCUUUGUAACAGGCGAAGACAUAAUGAAUAUCAUCGAGGACCUAUUCCGGGACCUUGCCGCUUGCGGUCUCUGGAAAGACCUCCAGCACGAGAACCUCGAAGGCAAAUUCCCACGCCUGACCUACGAAGAAGCAAUGGCCCAGUAUGGCUCCGACAAGCCCGAUCUCAGACGCGGCAUGAAGAUCCACCGCGUCGAACACCUCCUUCCCGCCGAUCUCAUCAGUAAAAUCUCCCCCCUUUCAAACCCAAUCGUCGAAGCCAUGAGCCUCGCCAUCUCGCCGUCCGCCCGUGAAACCCACGCCUUCGCAUCCGCCUUCAUGUCCUCCUCAGCCGCAGCCCCAUUCCUCUCAAACCCGGCCGGCCAACCGGGCAUCUUCGUCCUCGACCCACGCAAGCCGCUCCAAGGCCUCUCUGCACUCGGCUUCGAAGCCGCCGAGGUUCUCGCCAGCGACCUCGAACUAGAUGACGAGGGUACGCUACUCGUGCUGCAAGCGCGCCCGCGCGCCCCGUUCGCCGGCGGGUUCACCCCGCUCGGCAACUUGCGACUGGCGCUGCACAAGGCUGCUGUGGCUGCUGGCUGUAUGCCGGCGCCAACAGGUGUCAAGGUGUGCUGGGUCACCGACUUUCCGCUGUUUUUGGCGGUUGCGAGUAACGGCGGCGAUGGCGAGCCCGGGCAGGGCGGGGCGGCAGGGAUCUGUGCGACACACCACCCGUUCACAGCGCCGAAGAGCGCAGCGGAUGUGGAAAAGCUAAUUGCUGAGCCGCUAUCCGUGCGGGCAGAGCAUUAUGAUAUAGUGGUGAAUGGGGUAGAGCUAGGCGGGGGCAGUCGGCGAAUCCACGAUGCGGAAAUGCAGGAGGUAGUGCUGCGGGAUGUGCUACAGAUGAGCGAUGCGUCGGUCGGGCAUUUUCAGCAUUUGUUGGAUGUGCUGCGGGCCGGGUGUCCGCCACAUGCGGGGAUUGCCCUGGGACUGGACCGACUGGUCGCCGUGAUGCUGGGCAAGGAGUCGGUGCGAGAUGUGAUUGCGUUUCCGAAGAGUGGGAAGGGCGAGGAUUUGUUGGUCAAGUCGCCGAGUGUGAUGACGGAGAGUCAGUUGGCGACGUAUCAUUUGAAGCAUAGCGAGGCAUGAGGGUGCUUGUAAUAUUAUGCUUGUAUUAUAGUGUCUUCCGAAAGCCUAUGCUCUGUUCAACAUACUGUUCCUAUAGCUCGGCUGAUAGGUUUGUAAUGCCCAUAGUCUUGAUACACAUCAUUCAUGGCUCCAAGUGUUCCAGACUGCGACUCUUCAUACCCUUACACAGCUC